GGUUUGGUUUAACAUCGUUCCGUCGGCUACCAUUAGAAAACCUAAUUUACAUAUAAAACCCUAAGCCGAUCAAAAAAACCUUUGCAUUUGUCGGGAAAAUCGCCGGAAAAAUGGGUUACGGGAAGCAUAAUCGAUCUAAAGGAGGUAAUUCAAGUCGUGGUCGGACUGAUAAUCUUGCAAGGGAAGAUGAAUCGCUUCCUCUUGAUCAAGAACCUGAGGAUGAAGCACCAGUUCCAAAAGUUCAAUUGGCAAUGUGGGAUUUUGGUCAAUGUGAUGCAAAGAGGUGCACAGGUCGUAAGCUUGCUAGAUUUAACUUGUUAAAAGAAUUACGGGUUAACACUGGAUUCGGGGGUGUUGUUUUAAGUCCAGUUGGUAGACAAUGUGUUUCAAGGGAAGACUAUGAUCUGAUUAAAAGGAAAGGAUUAGCUGUUGUUGAUUGUUCUUGGGCACGUCUAACUGAUGUCCCGUUUGCAAAGCUGCGUUGUACUGCACCUCGUCUUUUACCAUGGUUAGUAGCAGCUAAUCCAGUAAAUUAUGGAAGACCAUGUGAGUUAUCAUGUGUGGAGGCUUUAUCUGCCGCUUUAAUACUAUGUGGGGAGAAGGAAACUGCAGAACUUUUGUUAGGAAAAUUCAAAUGGGGUCAUGCCUUUUUAUCUUUGAACAAGUAACAAAACCGAAGAAGUUCAACAUCGUCACAUCAUUUUUGCUUUUUGAUCGGUGAAUACAAUUGAGCUAUGUGUCUUUUAACAAGGUCUCGCUAUAUCGCAGGGAUAUUCUAAAGGAGUACUCAAAAUGUGAGAAUAGCGCUGAGAUCAUCUCAGUUCAAAAUUCUUGGCUUACUCAGCAAACUCAGAUCCCAAAACAACCACCUGCGCUCGAAGAACGUAAAGAUGUUAAGAAAGAUGGUGAAUCUGGUGAUGAAUCAGAGGAGGAUGAUGAAGAUGGCCUCCCUCCUCUAGAGAGGAACAUGAACCAUAUCAAAUUAGAAGACAGUGAGGAGGAAGAUAGCGAGUGAAAAGCCAUUGGAGAAAUCCUAUUUGAUCUAAAAAAGUUUCCAUCUUUGGCUUACACUACUUGAAAGCAAUGUUUUUCAAGUUUUCACCAGAUUCUUCUGGUGUAUUAAUACCAUGUAGUAUAAUGUUUAUUUAGUUUUAUUAAUAAAAAUAUCUACUAUACAUUCUUAGAUUUUUUAAAUUUAAAGUUUUUGUUUUUUUCCAUGUAAAUAUUAAAUCUUUUUUUUAGGUGAAACAAAAUGAUAAAAUAAUUGAAGUGGAA